GGCAGAUUUUCUUGGCUUAGACGCAGCGCUCAUGACAGGAUUAGGAGCCGGGGACGCGGGACCAACCGGAGAUCUGCAGGUCCUAGUGGACGAGCCUGGGCCAGAUUCUCUUCCUGCACAGCUGUGACUGGCCUCCCGUGUCCCGUCACACUAAUCUUCAGACAGUCUUCCAAGGUUGACCUGAUUAGCGAGAGGCUUCCCUUCCCCUCUCCCAUCAUGCGUCUCCUCACCACCCUCCUCCUCUUACUGCUCCUCCGGUCAGCUGAGCCCGGGAGAGGCCCUCGGUCAGGGGCUGGGGAGAGGGGCGCCAGAGGCCGUGUACGGGGCAGAGGCAGGGCCGGAGUGAUGAGACGUCAAACUCAGGAGUGUAAGGAAUACAUUGAGGGGGGAGAGAAGUACCUGGACUGCCAGGACAGGCAGCUGACCACCGUGAUGCAGGACUGGCCCAAAGAUAUUCAACAUCUGCUGUUGGCAAGAAAUAAGAUACAGGUUUUGCGGGACAACAUGUUCUCCCAAUUCACCCAGCUGAAGAGCCUGGACCUCCAGCAGAACGACAUCUCAAUGGUGGAGGACGGAGCAUUCAGCGGCCUCUCCCAGCUCACCAUUCUGCUCCUCCAGCACAACAGGCUGAAAACAGCCACCGAGGAGGUCCUGCUCCCUCUGCCCCGCCUCGCCUACCUCCGUCUAUAUGACAACCCCUGGAGCUGCCACUGCGCACUGGACAGCCUGGUCAGGACCCUGCAGGUGCCGAGCAACCGCAACCUGGGAAACUACGCCAAGUGUGCGGAGCCCUUGGCGCUUUGGAACCAGAAGUUGAGGAAGCUGAGUGUGGAAUCGUUGUGUGCUGACGACAACCAGGUGGACAGGAGGCCGGGGGCCGGAGAUGGGGGGCGGCCAAAGCCUCCAUCAGGCAAACCAAAGACAGAAGCCACGGCCAUGUGCCACACCUACAUGUUCCCCAAACCUCUGCUGGACUGCAGCAACAAAGAUUUGAAUAGCAUCCCGUCUGACUUGCCAUCUGACAUAGUGAAGAUGGAUCUGUCCAGAAACACCAUCAAAAAUCUCAGGCCCAAACAGUUCCUGCUGUCCAAAGACCUCAAGCUGCUCAACCUUAGCAGCAACAGCCUGCAACGGAUAGAAACAGCUGCAUUCUCAGGCCUGCUGUACCUCCGUGAGCUCGACCUGUCCAACAACAGCCUCACUUACUUCCCGUACGGUGUACUGGAGGACCUCUACUUCCUACGGAAGCUCUCGCUGGAGAACAACCCCUGGAUGUGCGACUACAACAUCCACUACUUGAUCUACUGGCUCAAGCACCAUCCCGGCGUCGUUUUCACCGGCCUGAUCUGCUCCGAGCCGCCGGAGUUCAGGGGCUGGCGUGUCGAGGACUACGUCAAGACCUACAACGGGGAAUGUCCGAAGGAUAGACAAACAGAAAGGAUGGAUACGGGACAGGGAGGACAAGGGGGGACGGACAAUGACGCACAAGAGGUAGUGGGGGAGACAGGCGACGGGCAGGGUGAGCGUCUGCCUCGGCCCCUGAAAAAGAAGAAGCUCAACAAGUUUGAGAUAAUCCGGCUGAAUUAGAAUGCUGGUGGAUGAGCGGACUGGUGUGGUUUAGUAUGGAGGUGUGUUGGAUUGAAAUGGAGGUCUUUGGACGGGCUGAAGAAUGCAUUGUUAAAGGUAGACUCAGUGAUUUGAUGUUUAAAUAAAAAAGUAUGACAUGUAAAAGUAUGUGAUUUUGGGACAAAAUCCAUCGUCUUUUCAGUAGUCAGCAUUCCAUCUUGCAUGGAUAACAGAACUUAUUUUGGGGAAAUUACCAUUUUCUUAAAAGAAUAUUAGUUGUAAA